AUGUAUAGCAUGUGCUGGCUGGCAGUUUUAUUUGCGCCGGAUUCGGAGGUGGACCGUGUCGGAAGACCGGUUCCUUCUCAGAAUAUCCUCAGUUUGGAGUUGGAAAUCGUUUGAAACCGAUGCAAAUGUUGACGUGAACGUAGUCAAAACGAUCAGAUAAGCCUCUGAUGUUUCGCCGAUUGUUGCCAUCCGAUCGAAGGAUGGUAUCUGUCUCAAGCUUCCGUUGGCGUUUAGGAAAUUCAAUGUCCAAUUGCAAAGCUUUGAUAUGUAGUUUGAACUGAAGGUUCAAAAGAUGGAAGAAAAGUCCUAUAUGUGGCGGAAAAGCUUGGGUUUGAACUUCAGAACUAUAGGAAUGAUUCAAAACGGCUUCCCUAGAUUUCAAAGGAAGUAGGAAAAAUUCCCAUUUUAAGAAACUUCGGAAGCUUUUUUAUCGUCACAACGACCUAUAUUGUUCUAAAUUAGGCCCCAAAAAAUGUUAUGAAGUUUUAAAAUUCAGAAAGGAAGAUAACUUCUAAUCAAACCGGUAAAAAGGAUUUUGACAUAACUAUUCCUUGUUUUGGCCCGCGAACUCGUUAAGCAAACAUCCACAAAAAGCUAUAAAAGGAAAUAAGAUUUCCAAAACACAGUAAACACUGGAGAAAAAAACUGGUAAAACCCUCAAAACUAGAAGAAUCCAGCGGAACAAUUAGACGACAAGGUAGGCGACACAACAGGGAUUGUCGCGCUUCCCGUUUGCUGACGACUUUCAUUUUUUAUUCGAAGAGAAGAUUUUCGAAGAUAUUUCCCGCCUCGCGCUUCGUUUUCUUUUCGUGAUGAACUGCGCUUCUCGCGACAAUUUCCUGUUUCAAAGCGACUUUUUUUGUCUUUUUUGAAGGUGUUAUAAGCUGGACGAGGUGUGGAUUCAAAUACUCAAUCCAAUUUUAGAAUAACACAGAUUGAAAAAAAAGCAGAUGCUCUAUGAAGGUGACAUUCCUGUUUCAAAAAAAAAAUUAUCUGUAUCUGAAGAUACUUGGUUCUUUUUUCCAAGAAUGUUCUUUUUCGAAUGAAUAUUUCUUAAACUUAUUUUUCUAAUUUCAGGGAGCCACCGCAGAAUUGGGAGAGAUUGACGACAAUCUGGUGGCAUGGGAAGACGAUCUGGAUUCAACUCUUCAGCAGGUUUUUUCAGAGUUACAUCUAAUAAAAAUUGUGAAAACAAUUUUCUGCAAGUGCGUGGUCAAAAAAAGUAAAGUUAUUCUUAAGUUAUUCGAUCAAUUAGUUUGAUUUCAGGCGUAGUUUUCAAAAUAAUGAUCGUUUUUUCAGCACCGCGAAGAGAAACAUCGUCAACGCCAGCAGGAACACGAAAGGCGUCUCCAAGAAAAAAGAAACCAAUCCCAACAUUCGCAUAUUCUUUGAGAAGCCAGCGAUACCAUGAUGCUAAUGAUAUUUAUUCACCAGUAAUAAUUGAGAUUUGCUAUUUUUCACUUCGUAUCUCAUCCUUUUUCAAAAGUUGUUCAUGACUGUAUGAAAAAUGCUCUUUUGUGAUAACAGCUCCAAAUUUUGAUUGGCUAUUGCUCGUGGGUGUGUGAUUCGUUUAUUCUGUCCCAAUCGAUUUCAACUUUUUUUAUGAGAGUUUAUCAAUAGUUAAUUUACAGCAGUUUCCCAGGUUUUGUAAAGGAAAAUCCGAGCUUUUUUUAGUUUGAAAAACUUUAUUUGAGUAAUGAGCACCAAGUUAUGUUUUCCUAUGCGUUCCACUAAAAAAAGUAUAAAUGUUUCGUUUGAAGCCUUAUGAACGAUAUAUAGUUUAUAUGCAAUAACUUUUUGAAUUUCCAAAAAGCCAUGGCAAAUUUUCAAAAUUGACAAACCUCACCUUUUUUUUUACCUACAAAGGCCAAUUUUUUUCCCUACGUUAAUAAAAAACCUCAAAAAAAUUUUUGAACCUUUUAUUUAAAACGACAUCAUCCUUUUUCCUCACUGCGAACUAUCUUUCAAUGACAAUUAUUCCUUUUUAUCCACCAUUGUUCUAUCCUCGGGUCUUCUGUGAAAUAAAAACUUAAUAUUUUCGGUUUUUUCGACCUUUUGAGAUGUAGCAAAAAAGGGAAACUUGUUGUGAAUGCAUGUGAUUGUACCUAUGCAUUGUGUGACAAGAGGGGCUCUGAAGACGUUGCAGAUGUCAUGCAUUUCGAGGGGUCUGCCGGCCGUUUCUUGGGUCGGAGCCGCCCUGAAAUAUUGAUGAGGAGGUUGGCCUCAGUGGCAUUUGGGGAACGGCAGACGCUUCACUCGACGGCACCGCGAUGCGCGAGAUCGUCCACAUCCAGGCCGGACAAUGCGGCAACCAGAUCGGCUCCAAGGUUUGGUCAUUCUUAUACAUACUAAAUUUCCAAAAACGUUCUCGCAAAUUUUAACUUCCGUUUCAGUUGUCAAAUAAGACCUUGAUAAAUAUUCUUAGAGUUUUUUCAAACAGCUCAGAAGGGAAAAUUUCCCGAUUUGGGCCUUCUCCAGCAAACAUUUCAAAGGAAAUCGCUUUGUUUUCGAAGAAUAUAGAAAAAAUGAGAACAGAACUUGAUAAUAAAAUCUUUCCAGCCGUUAGUUUUUUUUGAAACCAAAGAAGUGAAACAAAAAAGCUUUCUUAGAUGAAUUUAAAACGGUUAACUUGAGUAAUCCAUUCAAUAUGUUUUUGAAAUUUUUAAAAAAAUGAACUUGUAAGCCGUUUUUGAAGCACCGUAAGUUGUUUCACGUGAAUCAUAAAUUAAACAUUUUUUCUUCAAAAAUCUCUAGCUUGAAUUUACUCAAUAAAACCCCAAGUUACCGCGAUUAAUAAAAUUUGAAUACAUUAUUUUAAUGAAACUACAUAGAACCAAUUUCAUCAAAAUUAAGUGCAAUCUUUACGCGAAGUCGAUUUCGUUGAUAAAAAUCUUCAUUUUUCUUGCAAAAUGAUGAUAAAAAACACAGACCAAAAUGAGAAAACAAAGGGCUUUUCGGUUCUUCGAAAUAUCCCUCAGUCAAAAAUGCGCAAACAGCUUUUCCCAAGCGACUUCCUUCUCAGAACGUCGUAAAUUGAACCAAAACAAUCAUUUUCAGUUCUGGGAAGUCAUCUCCGACGAACAUGGAAUCGAUCCGUCCGGCCAAUACGUCGGGGAUUCGGAUUUGCAGUUGGAACGCAUCAGUGUCUACUACAAUGAAACCGGCCAGAACCGAUACGUUCCCAGGUUGAUGAUUAUUUUCGAUAACUUGAAAAGUCCUUCGAACAUAGAGAUUUUUUCCUAUCCGGAGUCAUGAGAAAUCCAGAAAGAAUCACUUUUCGCAUUUUUCCCUCAACUUUUCUUUUAAUUUUGAUAAAACUUUGCUUAUAUAUACUUUGAGAUCCUAUUAUUCAUCCAACUUUUUUUUCCAUGAGGACCUCAGCCAAAAAACUUGUUUUCCGCAGAACAAUGGCCAAAUGUCCUAAAAAGGAAAUGAAAAGAAGGCCGCUGGUGAUGAGAAAACCCACUUAUACAUGCAUUAGACAUCGCACGAAUAAUGAGCAUCUGGCUCUCGAUAUGGCGACAGAUGCUGUUCCCAAAAGGGCGCCUCACAAUGCAUGGAUAAGGAGAUUGCGGAAAAAGUCGUAAAAAUAGCAAAUGAGGAGGUGAAAAUUGAAAUUUUGUUCGAAAAAUGGUUAUUCUUGCGAUUUUAUUGAAAGUGAAUGGUGCAUUUUGGGCAGAAAAAAUUGAGAAAUCGCUUUGGAAAAAUGAUCCAUUAUCAUCAAGAUGUAUGGAGAAAGAUACAGUGUAAAAUUCCGACAAGAAAAAAAUUUAUUUUAUAGUUUUUUGAAUUAAGUCUUCGAAAAAAUCUUAUAUUUAAUUUUUUUUUUGCCUCAAGCAACUAUGAAUGCGAAUUUAUAAUUUUUUUCAUCUCUCCAAAAAUUAUAAAACUUUUUCAGAGCAGUCCUUGUCGACCUCGAGCCCGGAACGAUGGACUCUGUGCGUUCCGGCCCAUUUGGCCAACUUUUCAGGCCGGAUAACUUCGUUUUUGGUAGCGGAUUUAAGAACGAGGACGGGAAUAGCCGAAAAAUUGGAUUCAGGACAAUCCGGAGCCGGAAACAACUGGGCCAAGGGACAUUACACGGAAGGAGCUGAACUCGUUGACAAUGUCAUGGACGUUGUCAGGAAAGAAGCUGAAGGAUGUGAUUGUCUACAGGUUGAAAUUAAAUCGAUAAAAUUCAAAAAAUAUUGAAAUAUUAAAAUUUUAGGGUUUCCAAUUGACCCAUUCGCUUGGAGGUGGUACCGGAUCUGGAAUGGGAACUCUUCUUAUUUCAAAAAUCCGUGAAGAAUAUCCGGACAGGAUCAUGAACACCUUUUCGGUGGUGCCGAGUCCCAAAGUUUCCGAUACGGUGAGUAUUUUAUAACCACAAAAGUUAUUAAUUGUUCAAUUAAGGUCGUGGAACCCUACAACGCAACUUUAUCAGUUCAUCAACUAGUCGAGAACACAGAUGAGACCUUCUGUAUCGACAACGAAGCUCUUUACGACAUUUGCUUCCGAACUUUGAAGCUGACCACUCCAACUUAUGGAGACCUGAACCAUCUUGUGAGCGCCACAAUGAGCGGGGUCACAACUUGCCUGAGAUUCCCUGGACAGGUAAAAUGUUAGAAAAACAUUUAAAAAAAUGUUACAAGAAAUAAAAAAAUAUUGAGGUAUCAAGAAAAUGAUUUACACGAUAAUAUUACGAGGCUCGGAAAAAAAUCCUUAAAAGUUAAUAUUAGUUUUUUUCCGCAUCACUUCAUACUUAAUGUAUUUCAAGACACUAAAACAUCUUUCUUAAAAAAGUUAAAACUUUCUAAUAAAUUCGGAUCUUGAAAUCAGUACUCCAAAAACAAAAAAAAAGAUUUUUAUGGCUUUGAUUAAUAAAAAAACCACCAGCCUGUAUAUUUCUAUGAAUGUAGUUCAUUUGUUUGAAUAACUACAGCAAUAAAUGAACAAUUUGAAAACAAAUAUGAGGCUCAAAAAACUUUUCAAAAGGACAUUCACAUGAUGAAAUAAUCUCCAGCUCAAUGCCGACCUCCGAAAACUCGCCGUCAACAUGGUUCCCUUCCCUCGUCUUCACUUCUUCAUGCCCGGUUUCGCGCCUCUCACUAGUCGCAGCAAUCAGCAGGUUUUUUUUCAUUUCUAAAAUUAUAUUAUGAAUAAAAAAAACGAAUUUCAGUACCGCGCCGUAACGGUACCGGAACUCACGCAACAAUGUUUCGAUUCGAAAAACAUGAUGGCCGCUUGCGACCCGCGACACGGCCGUUACCUCACCGCCGCCGCCAUUUUCCGAGGACGAAUGAGCAUGAAGGUCAUUUUGCAGUUUCAUUGUUGUUGUUUAUAGAGUUAACACUUCGAAAAUCAUAUGAAAAGCUUUAAAAUUAAACUUCGAUCAAGAUAAUAAGUUUGAAAAAAAGGAAUAUUUAACGACUUCACGGAUGUUUCUCACUGAAGUUACUUGGUGAAACGAUUUUUUUAUUUUGUUUCAAAACUAGUAAAUUAUAAAAAAAUACUAUUUUUUUAAUUUUUUUCCGUCCGAAGUAUGCAUUUCAUGGUCUUCAGGAGAGUGUCUCAAAGUGGCAUUUUUUUUUUCGGGAAGUUCAAAAACUUCAAGCUGGGAUAUUUUUCUUUUUUAGUGAGUGAAUAAAUGAAAAUACCGCACAGUCUUAAUUUUUAUCGAGUUUUAUCAAGGCUUAGUUUCCGUUUUUUUAGCCAGAGUCGUUUUCGGUCGGUUGCAACGAUUUAUCAGUAUUUUCAUCAUUUUUUCUUGGCUCUAUUUGGAAAAAUAACGUGAAAAUCAAAAUGAAAACUUCAUGAUAACCAAUUUCCAAGGCAAAAAUCUUCAUUUUAUCACAUUUGGAAUUGGAAAAGUUACAGGAAGUUGACGAGCAGAUGCUGAACAUCCAGAACAAGAACUCGUCCUACUUUGUCGACUGGAUCCCCAACAACGUCAAAACCGCUGUCUGCGAUAUUCCACCAAGAGGAUUGAAGAUGUCGGCCACGUUCAUCGGAAACUCCACGGCCAUUCAGGAGCUUUUCAAGCGAAUAUCUGAGCAAUUUACCGGUAACUUUCGGCAUAACUAUCGUUAUUUUGAACUUUUAUAAUUAAGCCAUGUUCCGUCGGAAAGCCUUCCUUCACUGGUACACCGGGGAAGGAAUGGAUGAGAUGGAGUUCACUGAGGCGGAAAGCAACAUGAACGAUUUGGUCUCCGAAUACCAGCAAUAUCAGGUAUAAUUCAUUUAUUCUUGGUUUGAAACGGGGAACUUGAAAGGGAAAAAUGCAAUAAGUUUUUCUUUUUAGCUGAUUCAUGAGCAUCAGAGAUUAUUUUGCGAAGCUUCAUUGGAUUAUUAUUUAUUAUCAAUUUACUAUCCAUCUAUAGAUAUCCAUGAUUGCGAAUAAAUCAAUAGUUGAAAAUUUCAGGAGGCUGCGGCUGAUGAGGAAGCUGCUGACGGCGGGUUUGAAGCCGAGUAA